GGACAGAGAUUAGCUGUGGACUCGGAAUUGUCCGAAAAUAUAGGAAAGGAAAUCGAUGUACCAGAAAUUUUUUCUCAUGGUGAACCUCAAAAGUGAUAGGUAUAAUCAAAGCAAAUAGUGGAACUUUGCCUUAUGGUUUACACUUCAGCCGUAUGGAGACCCCUUCUACAUCGAAUGCAGGAUCUUUUGGUGUGAUCUCACCGCUGCUGAUGUUCGUUUGCAGUACUAUUUUGUAUUACAGGACUCCAACUUGCAAUAUCAGUCUCUUGAUUUGUCCCCUUUAUUAUUCUUAAAGGCGUGGGGGUUUUUUCUCUAAGUUGUUGGACCAGAAUAUUACAAAUGGAUGCUUCACAGUUGGCCCAAGCCUUGGUGUUCAAGAGCAGUCUAGCAUAAUGUUAACCUCUUGCUUGACGUCUUGCUUGAUCUAUGCCUGCCUGCCUGCACACUUCCUCCUAACUGUCAACAGAGGAUAAGAGACAACGCCAUUUUUUCCACUCCCUUAGCUCAUUGUUUGUUCUGUUAAACUUUUAUUUCCCUUUUGUUUUGUCACUGUUUGUUUUCCCUCCCAUGAGUAAAAAAA